AAGGUCCAGAAUCAGACAAGCCUGCAUACUCUGCACCUUCCUCUUUCUUCUGAUGAUCGACUGGAACAUGAAAACUUCAACCUCCGAGGGAAAGUACGGAAUACAAUGAACAGCUCAGAAUCAAUUAGAAGAAUUUGACUUCGCGGAUAAUCUUUCCCUUCUAUCCCAUACACUUAAACAAAUGCAGAUGAAGACAACUAGUGUAUCAGUAGUCUUUGAAUCAGUGGGUACAAAUAUACACAAAGGAAAAACCAAGAUCGUCAAAUACAACACAUAGAACAAUCCAACCACACUUAAUGGUGAAACUCUGGAAGAUGUGGAAUCUUUCACGUAACUGUGAAGCAUCAUCAAUGAACAAAGAGGAUCAGAUGCAGACGCAAAUGAGAAGAUUGGCAAAGCAAGGGCUCCAUUCCUACAAUUGAAGAACAUAUAGAACUCAAAACAACUUUCAACCAAUUUCAAAGUGGGAACCUUCAAUACGAGGCAAGUGCUAACUUGGAAUCCUGAUGGGAAAUGGAAAAGGGAAAGGUCGAAGAACACACCAUAUCGAGAAACGGAAGCAGACAUGAAAAGGAUGAAUAGGAACUGGAAAAGAUUGUCCAGGACAGAGUUGGAUGGAUUUUUCUGGUAAGCGGCCUAUGCUCCUGAAAAAUUGCCAACAGGCUCAAAAUGCCAGUAGAAUAUCGUCAGAAUAAAAAUUAUACUUCAACUCAUCUUAGUUAUUAUGAAUUACCUCAUUCAUUAGGACGUCAUCAUAUGUCACAAAAUUAUAAUCAACAAAAUGCAUCAGAUCGUCUUUAUCAAAUAGCCAUACAAGCUGCAGUGGCCAAAGCAGAAUCAUCUAAAUCCACAAAUGAUGAAAUUCGUAAAUUUUAUCAUGAUGAUAAUAAACAUAAAUUAAAUAAAACAAAACUAAACAAUAAUGUACAUAAUCAUACUAUUAAUAAUACAAUUACUACAAUCAGCACUACAACUACAAUAAUAACAACUACUAAUACUGCUACUACUACCACUACUACUCCUUCGAUAAAUUUAUCAUCAAAAGUUAAAACAGCACAUUUAACUCCUCAACAAUGGCAGUUAUUAAAUGAUUAUCAUGAACAUGAUUUAUUUGUACGUACAAGAAGUUGGAGUUUUUGUAUGGCAGUUUUAGGUGUUGGUGUAACAUUGUUUGGUAUUGGUAGUCCAGCAUGGAAAUGGAUUGGAGAUUCUCGGAAUCCUUAUGAACUUGGUUUAUGGACUUUGUGUCUACCGAACAAUUCCACUUGUCUUUCAAUAAUUUACCACUUACAGAAUAACUGGAGUAAGUUCACUAAUAAAAUAAAUGAUUAUAUAAUUAUACUUCGGAUUUCCUCUCUACCAUUUGUUUCUCUGAAACACAAGUAUGAUAUAGUUGACAGAUUGAAGUAUAUGCUUGUAAUGAAAACAAGAUCAUUUACUGAUGGAAGUAGAAUUGUUUAUUUCAAUGAAGAACUUCAUAUAUCAAUUAUAUGUCUACUGGGUUGUGUCUGCUUAUUUGGAAUAUUGGGUUUGGGUUUAGCUAUUACAGGUGUGUGCAAAAGUGCCUUGAUUCUUAGACUUUAUUAUUAUCAUUCAGCUGGUGAAUGCUUUUUGGUUUCAAGUAUUGCCACAAUAACUGCUUUAAUACUCUAUCCAAUAUCAGCUGAAACAUGUAUACAAAAUUUAUUAAACCUUAAUAUAUUCAAAAUCAAAUCAACUGAUCACACUUCCACGAUCAGCAUAUCUAGUAACAAUAACAACAAAAAUCCUGCUUCUGAAGAAGAUGUAUCAUUGACCAAUAUUGAGACACAAUUUGGAUAUACAUAUUUUUUGACAUGGAUUGCAGCGCUAUUUUUUGUCAACUCAUUUAUAUGCAUGAAUUUAGAUUUAUUGAUACAAUCAUUCGUUCGACCAAUACCACUAAUCAGCAAUACGAUAAAUAAUUUAAUGCCAUGCUGUGGUUUGUCUACCUCGUUAUCAGAAUCACCAGUAUCGUCUAAAUCGUCACACUCAUCUUGUCAUUUUAAUGAAUCUAUUUAUAAAAAGCAAAGACAUGAAUGUACUGAACAGAACAUAGAACAUAUGGUAAUAUCAAACAGUAAUCAAAAUACUGAAACUAAUCCUAGUGGCAAUCUACAUUCUAAGCGCAAACUGAUAAAAUAUCAACGAGAAUUCGUAUCAUUCGACGAUAGUAUUACAGAGAAUAGUCAACAUCAACCUUGUCAAGUACCAAACAUUCUUUUGAGUGAUUAUGAUAAGGAAUGCGAAUUAAUAAAUUCACGAAAUAAAGAAUUGUGCAAGGAAAAUUCUAUUAAUAUUACUGAUGAGAUUGUAGUGAUUCCUGAUGAGAUUUUACAAGAUUCAGGUCAAGAUGGUGAAUGGAUCUAAAUACAAGAUAAAAUAUACGGAUCCAAGUGCCUUGAACUGAAUAAAAUAGAAUCCACGCUGUUCACCUGUAAUUUAUAUCACAGAAUGCUUUUAUCUAUUAUUCUGACGUAUUGAUUUGUCAUCUCUUGUUCAGUGAUUGAAGUUUUUCCAAUAGUACCUUAUAAAUAAAAUACACUUAUCAUUUAGAUGAAAUUAGAAUUAGUAAUGCAUCCUGUGUUUGAAUCAGGUAAUAAUUUACAUUACCUGCAUGUGUGAACAUUAUUUUAGAUGACCAAAUAUCAAGGGAAUAUAUAUAUAUAUAUAUAUAUAAACUUAUUGAUCAAGAUUAUUGGUAACCAUGUUGAAUAUUUUAACAUUUCCUCCUCCGGAAAAAGAUAUACACUAAUAUAUACACAUAUUUAAACACAUUAUUUUGUAUAUCAAAA